AUGCCGGUCUUGAAGGAGCCCCAGCCCCCACCUCCCUGGAUCCUCCCCAGCCUUUUUGCUGCCUUCAAUGUUGUGCUGCUGCUGGUCUUCAGUGCCCUCUUCUUUGCAUUCCCUUGCAGGUGGCUGGCCCAGAACGGAGAGUGGGUCUUUCCUAUUGUCACGGGUCCCCUCUUUGUCCUCACCUUCUUCAGUCUUGUUUCACUCAACUUCUCAGACCCUGGCAUCUUGCAUCGAGGUUCUAACGAGCAGGGUCCCAUGACGGUGCACGUGGUAUGGGUGAACCACCGGGCCUUCCGCCUGCAGUGGUGCCAGAAGUGCUGCUUCCACCGCCCACCCCGGACCUACCACUGCCCCCUGUGCAACAUCUGUGUGGAGGAUUUUGACCAUCACUGCAUGUGGGUCAAUAACUGCAUCGGUCACCGCAACUUCCGCUUCUUUAUGCUGCUUGUCCUGUCCCUAUGCCUCUACUCGGGCGCCGUUCUGGUCACCUGCCUGAUCUUCUUGCUGCGCACGACUCAACAGCUCCUUUACAUUGACAAGGUCGUCGCCAUCGUGGUGGCUGUGGCCGCGGCGGGCUUCCUGGUACCGCUCUCCCUGCUGCUGCUGAUCCAGGCUUUGUCGGUGAGCGCGGCCGAGCGCUCCUGCGAGGGCAAGUGCCAGUACCUGCAGGGAUAUAACCCUUUUGACCAUGGCUGCACCAGCAACUGGUAUUUAACAAUUUGUGCACCACUGGGACCCAGGUACAUGGCCAAAGCUGUCUGGCUGCAGAGAGUGGUGGAGCCGGACUGGGCGCCUGUGCAGAACCUGCAUUUCCCAACAUGCCCCUCUGCCCUUAGUCGCCCAGUCCUCCCUGGGCCUGGGUCUUGCCACCAGCCCCCACCUCUGGCUCUCCACAAACCAGGAAAAGCUCCCCGAGGUAGUGGUGAGGCUGAAGCUGUCCAGGAGUUCCACACAGGCUUAAUGCUGCCUCUGCCUCAGGAGGUCCCCAGAUAA